CUAAGGUAAAGUUAGCAUAAAUUCAAACAGUUGACAGAAAUGUAUCAAUUUGUCAAUAAUUUCGUUAACUUUAAUAAUCGCUCAAGUUGUAGAAAUUCUGCGACAGGAGGUAACUGUCAAUGCGCUGAUCAGCUGCACAUGGCAGCCAGAAUGUAUGGAAUGAGCUCAGAUGGAAAAUAUCGGCCACAUGUACCUAUUCCUGUAAUUCCUACACCUGUCCAUCAGAAGACCAGCCACAACCAAGCAUACUUUGGAUCUUCUCAAGGAGGUCCUAUAAAUAUGGUGUCAUGGGGGACACAGAACCUGUCGACUGUGAACAUGACCUGCACACAAGCAUCACAGCCUCUAUCAAGCACUUUCCAGAGCUACAGUGAGCUUAUGAAUUCCACACAGCAUGGUUAUACGCAGUCACCAUCAGGCACUGCAGGUGAUUUGACUGCCUGCCAGCUGCGUAACCCCAGCUCCAGUCUCCCUCAGGGGGUGGAAUGCGCCAGCGCCCAUAGCUCCCAGACACCUGUAGGGGAUGCUUUACAGAAGAGAGAGCUCCGCCUGAUGAAGAACAGGGAAGCCGCCCGGGAGUGUCGGCGAAAGAAGAAGGAAUAUGUGAAAUGCCUCGAAAAUCGCGUGGCUGUGCUCGAAAAUCAAAACAAGACUCUGAUUGAGGAGCUUAGAGCCUUAAAAGACAUCUAUCGGCACAAAGUCGAGUGAUCUCUCUGACUGAGGAGGAGCGUACGGGUUGUGUUUGGUGUACAUCUGUGGGUUGUCUUAUUGAGGACUGUGGUUUUUCUUAUAAACACAUAAACACACAGACAAAACACUCCUUGUUAACACUGUUAAAUUUGUUUCGAUGGUGACGCAAGUGUGUCUGGCUCCACCACCAGCAUAAACACAAACCUUGUUUCAGGUCAGGGUUAAUAUCAGUGAGUGUCCCUUUUAUUAGGGUGGCUGCCAGUGAAUGCAGGAAGAGGAAGAAGGACUAUUACCACAGCCUGGAGCACCGCAUUGCUUUACUGGAGAUGGAGAAUAGGAACCUAAAGACCCAUCUGCUGUUCCUCUGCAACAAGAGCAUCAAAGUUGUCCCUGUGGCUGUACCAGCACCACUUAACCCACCACCAUUUUAAUUGCACAACAUUCCUUUAUGAUCAGUUAAGAAUUCAAAUACUACAUUAACUCAGAUUUUUUGUGAUGAUUCGUUUAUUGUAAAGGUUUUUUCAGGUAACAGUCAGGUUGGUUUUCAUCAGCAGCUCUUGUGAUUGUUCCGUCUACCAGAGACAAACAUUUGCUGUACUUAGCAACCUCUUUAUUAGUAUUUUAUUAGACCUAAUUUCAUGAUUCUGUAUGAGUUUUUAUCUUUUUCCAGCAUAUGAAGCUGUUGUUAAUUUGGUUGGAUUAUCCUUUUUGUUAUGGUUUAAAAUGCCUGUGCAAAAUUGUACUGAAAACAAUUGUAAGGGGAAUUUCCAUACAAACUGUUAAGGACUUGCUUCAACAGUUUUCCUUUGUUGGCAAAUUUUAAUGGCUGCAACUUUAUCCCAUUUAGACCUAAGGCCACCGAAAACACGCUAAAACCAAAGUUUUUUUUGUAAGAAAUCCCCAAAAACCAGAGGGUUUUCUGCAAAAAAAGAGCAAGGAACAGCUUCUUUUUGUUUUAGUGUAUCAAUUAAGCCUUGUCCUUUUUAAAAGAAAAAGCUUUGUCUCUGUAGAAAUCUGUAAUGUUGACAUAAAAAUUGUUCCAUUUGGACCAUUUAGAGGCAAAAACAAGAACAGAAACUCUAAAAUACUGGAAAUUCCCCUAGUCAAUUAUGUAAAUGUGUUGAAAUAUAAGCCUUUAAACUUGACUAUUUUUUGUUCAUUACAGUAUGCAAAUACCAAGGCUGAAUCUAAAAUAAUUUGUGUAACUAGGUU